AUGAAAAAUUGUGAGCUCCGAUAUAUUUCCGUCCAGGCCAUCAAGAAAAUUGAAAAGUUGAAAUUGUAUGGAGGGUUUUUGAACUAUCUUGAAACGGAAGCUGAAAAGUUGGAGGAAAAUGACCAAAAGGAGACACUCAGAAUACUUAAAGAGGCAAAUGCAAAAUCAGACAAAAGCAUUAUUGAUUUAUUUUUGCAGUAUAUGCGAUUUAAGUAUAUUUUCGAUUUGAAACCAGCGGAAAGAGAAUAUCUUGAAAGUGAAGCUAAAAUAGGUGCCAUCAAAAUGCGAAAAGCUCCAAUACAAUCUGAGUUUUAUUUUGGCGAUAUCGCAGUUUCAUUGAACUCGAAAGCGUAUUGUGUGAAUUUGAACGGCGAAAAUAAAGAAAACAUGUUCAGGAAUCGCAAUUUUCUCGCCAACAAUGAAAUUUAUUGUGGGAUUUGCGCAAAAGAAUGCUUAAAGGAUUUAGAUGAUAUUGAGAGUUUUGGCGAUCUUCGAAAAUUUGUGGAGCAUUAUCUCAAAUUUCACGGAACGAUUGCAUUGUUCGCGUGUCAUUGCUGCUCAAAAGCAUUUACGACACCCGCCGAACUGAUGGCUCAUGAUUGCGAGGACUAUCGGCGAUUUUUGGAAGUCAAGAAAACGAAGAACUCGAACAAUUGUGAAGAGAUGAUCGCUUGGCAUUUUCUUGUGUGCUCGGAUUGCGGCGUGAGCACCAGCAUGCAGCUAAACGUCAUGGAAUUGGUGCUGAAUGAGCAGCUCAGUAAGCUAGUGGACUUCUUCAAAAUCCAUUCUUCUAGCAAAUUGCUACUUGUCACGGUGUACAGCAGCAUUCCAUUGAUUGAUGAACCCAUCGUGACAUUUCUCACCAGCUUUAAUGAAGGGUAUUUUUUGCGAGGUGGAGGAUGUGACAUCGAAGAGCGGCUGAAUGAUUUUGUAUGUCCGGCGAUGCAUGAUUAUGAGAACGAAUUUCCCGACACGGUCAAAUUAAAAAAACAUGUUUUAACGAAUCAUUUUAAUACGGGUCUCGCCAUGUUUUUCACAAGUUGCCACGCCGCUGUUCACAAUAAGAGGUUCGGAUUGUUGAAACCGUGUUUCGUUUUGUGUCGAGAAAAACGCACGAGGGAAAAUGUUUGCAUCGGCGGAAUGAGAAUGGGGCCGAAGGAAGUCGCUAGUGAGGCGCUUCCGAUAAAUUGGCAAACUUCGGCAGAUAACAAGACGGUAUUUAAUGUGACCGAAGACGUUCUGUCAAUGCUGAAAAUCGACAAAACUGUGCUCAAUUUGAAUGAAAAGAGUGCGAAUUUGAAAAUAUCGACCGAAUUUCACGUCGGCAAUAAAACGUCGUGGAGUCUCCACAAGACCAACAUGAUGGUUGGAAAUGUGCACGUGUCGAGACCGAACGAUGACAUUCCGAGAGAGAUAUUAAACGAUUGCACGAUUUGUUUCAAAUUGCGAUCGAAUUUGGAUGGCGAUGAUGUGCACAAAUCGGCGCUUCGCGAUAAAGUUGCUGUGUGCACGAGGUGUCGAGUGAUUUGCAAUGGUGAAAUUGCUGUGCAGCAGCACGUUGAGAACAUCGAGAAACAUAAAAUAUUGACGCUAUUCGCCGGAAGGUCUUAUGCUAAUAGUCCACUUCCUUGCCCGGAUUGUAAUGAUAUGCUAUGUUCUAUUGAAGGUCUCCGACUUCAUUUGUAUAAUAGGCAUAAUCAAUAUUAUACAUAUGAUUAUGAUGAUUCUGACGUCUCGUAUCGAAAUCUUCCGAAGCCAACUGAACGAUUCAAGCAAAUCAAUUCGACUCUUGGAUUGAAUCCAGACGGAUCGUUUUCGAAUAAUGUUUUUGGUGAUAGCGUCACGAAAAAGAAUAAUUUUGAAAGUCAAUUUCCAAACUAUACGACGAAUCGGCGCGAUGAUGAUUUUGAAAGAAAUGGCGCGAAGAGGAGAAGAAUCACACCGCCGGAGACCAGUAAUUAUCAACGAAUUCCGAGCUCGAGCCAUUCGACUGACACUAAUGAGCACGAGGUUGUACGAAUGGCGAAUGAUGAUGAUCAAUUUCUCGAGGUGGAUAUAACUUUUGAUUUGGUUGACCUAUCGCCAGUGGAGAAUAAUCGCGCUUCUCAAAGCUUCGAUUUUGAGACAUUGAGAGAUUCGAACAAAACUGAUGAUUUUACGGGAUUUGACGAUAGUUCGCCUGACGAUGCUGUGGAUUUAGUGGGCAGUGGCGACGAGGAAUCGCGAAUGCUUAAUGAAAAUGAGGAUGAUGGGCUAGCGAAUGGAGACAGAAAAGGCCCGAACAGCUCUGCAUCAAAUGAUAAUGAUGACAGUAUCGAAGUCGUUAAAGUGGUUCUUCAUCCUCCCGAUGACGAGAAAUAUACUCCUAGUGGAAAAGGAGGAGAAAAGGAAGAAGAAGAAGGAGAUAAUACAUUGGAUUGGACAGAGCCAGCUGAAGGAGAUUACUAUACUAUAACAAAAAACAUCGCUGCGAAGAAGAAAACGACGUCAUCUGUUUCCGAAGAAAUUGGGGUAAUUUAUGGUUGCAAACGGUGUACUGGAAAGUUUCCAAGUUUGAAAUGCAUUCAAGUACAUUUGAAAGAAAAUCAUGCACGUGAUUUCGAUGAUGUUUAUAAGGAAGAUUACGCAAUACCGAAGAAUACGCCGAUGAACCUUUGUUUAGAUUGCGCGACGGCGUUCGAAUGCCGUCAAAUGUUUGAAAAUCAUAUAAAGACGCAUAAAGAGCGAAAUUUUGAAUCAGACCCAUGCUUAUGUUGCUCGAGCGGUAUCGAUCGCUGUAAGUAUGUUGGGAAUCAAAAAAUUAUUGCGCAUUAUAAUGAUCACAAAUGGAAUCAUUUUUCGUUCACGUGCUCGCGUUGCCCUCGCCCGUAUCCGCGGUUUUCCACGUACUGUCAAAUGAUGUAUCAUCUUCAUUUUGAUCACGAAGCGUCGGCCUUGUAUUUUUGCAAAUUGUGCUAUUACGCGACCACUCAGGCCGAUGAAGCGCUCUAUAAAAAUAUAGUAGAAUGUGCAAGGGCAAACAAGAAAGAUGUCAAUUUUGUGCUUGGCGUUGUUCCGGCUUCAAUGGUCACUUAUCAACCGGUGGAUCUGGAGGCUUACAUAGCGGAAAUUCAAAAAAACCCGAAGAACUUUGCCGAACUCUCAUUGUGCGGACAUCGGACCCUAAAAUUGGAGGGCAACGCUUUUGCAACGUGCACAGAUUUUACAGAACAUGGUGUUUGCAGUGGAAUGGUUUUGCUUGAAAAAGAAUUGCCGGAAGCUGAGGCCGAGGCGUUCUCUUGCGACCAUUCGCCAACGACAUCCAUCAUUGAUGAAUUUUUUGAAAAAUUUGAUCCCGAUCGCCUACGAAAUGAUGAAUGGAAAUCUUCGGUGCUGCAUAUUCCGGCAAUAUGUCAGAAGAAGCAGAGCGUGCAGCAGACAGCCAAGCAACAUUUUCAAUCGUCUGAUGGGCUAGACAGGGAGAACUCUGACGCUGUGCAAUCAACGGAUUUAGAUUUUGGGCAUGAGAGGACUGAUGAUGUGAGACGAAGUGAAACUGAAAAAGAAAACGCUCCUCCGAUGCAAUCCCGGGCAUCGCCUAUUCAAGAACUGGGCCAGGAGAGUUCGAAACGUCAGCAAGAGACGAUCUAUCAACCGCAUGAAAUUUUGACUUCAGAAGAGACUUGUCACGCAGCGAGUUCACUGGAAUUGUUGCCACAGAAUGUUAAAGAGUUGGAUCAGAAGAGUUCACGUCAGCUGCGGCAGAAUUCGUCAUCAUCAGACUCUCGGGCGCCGAGCGAAGACGGAAAUUACGAUGAGACACUAUCGAAGCAAGGUUCUAAGCUCAAUGUGAAGAAGCGUCAAACUGCAAAAGAAUACAGGAAUAUCGAGUUAGUCAUAUCGAUCUCGCCAACAGAAAUAUGCUUCAUAUGUGGAAAUGAGAUCAUGAAAGAUCGUAUUAGAGUUGUUCGUGAAGACGCGCAGUUGGUUUUUCAGAGCGUUUUAGCCCAAUAUUCUCAACGGAACCUACUGAACAACGUUGAAUGGAUUCUAGAAAAUAGAAAGAGAUACGAUUUUGCGUUGCCGCAUGAUGGCAGUCUUUCCGUGUGCCGAGCACAUUUCAAUCCCGAACCGGCAUCGAACUUUCUGCCGCCGAAAUGGGCGCUGAAUGAAUUGCCGCAGAGAUUGUGUCCGCCACAAGACAAAUGUCGAACGCCGCGCCCUCACAUGAUCAUCAAAAAUGCGAUUAACGCCGAAGUCCACCGCAUUGAUGGCGAGGAAUUUCCAAUGGCAUUCAGUUUGCCAACCAAAGUGUUAUGUUUCAUUUGUGCGACGAGACAAUCGUCGAAAUCCAAUUAUGAGCGGUGGAUGACGAUUCACUUUGCGACAAUAUCUAAUAUGUGGAGAGUGGUUGUUAGUCAACAAUUGAUCAAUUCUGGCGCUAUUCUUGACGAGAUCCCGGAAAAUGUUUACUUUUGUUUGAGGCACUUUGUGCCAGCGAGCUUCAAAUGGGACAAAGACUGUGUAGUGUUUCGUGGAACCAACGAUGACUAUCCGAUUAUGAAUUUCUUCGCAUCGGCGUGCGUUAAUCGGAGUUACCGGAAAAUGGCGAAUAUGCUGUUUAAGGAUGAAUUGACUUAUCAACACGCAAAAGACAAAUUUGAGUCGGAAUUUUCGAAUUGCGACAAGUGUGAAUUUUGCCAGAAGACGGUGACGUCGAGCCUAAACUGGUUUUUACACCUUCAUCACAAUGUUCGCGGUGAAAUGAUUUGCAUGCUCUGUCAGAAGACAGCCAAAUGCGACGUUGAUAGACUGGAUGGUGUAUUUGUUGAUCAUCUUGUUGAGUGCCAUAAGAACGCCAUCGUUUAUAAUCUCAAAUGUUUCGUCGGCUGCUCGCGGGUUUUCGAUGAUGUCGAGGAGUAUCGAGAGCAUCUAUUUUUCGCGCACAAGGACGUAUUGAAGUUUCAAAAUCCGUGCGGACUGGCGUUCGCUGACAAGCAACAACACGAAUUGCACAGAUCGUUGCAUAAAUCGAGUGCGCGCAAAUCGGAAGCGUAUUGUUGUACAAUAUGCGGAACAAUUAACGGGCAUGUGGUGUUGAGAGAUAGCACGGUAUUGACGCAUGAGUUGUUUCACGCCAUCGAAACGGCGUUGGCGUGCAACAUUUGUUGCAUGAUUUUCGAUGGACCCAAAAAGUUUGACGAUUUUGAAGCGCAUUUCGGCGCGUCUCACACAAGCGCGAGAAGAAAAUUGUGCCAAGAUUGCAGUAUGCAUGCCGAUUCAGAUCAUUCAAGAAAGAUCCACAUGAUGGACAGAAUUCAUGAUAUCGAUGGCUAUUUUAAAUUGAUUGACAAUGCUACUAAUCGACCAGACUGGAAAAGUGGAGAAGCAAUUGCGAAAUUGAUAUGUUUGGAUGACUCGCACUCGAAUUUGCCAUUUUUACAUAUCGAAGCGUAUGGAUCGAGGCGGCAAAGAGCUCAAAUUUAUGAUGAAGGAAUUGACGGCGUCGUUUGUCUCCAUUUGCAAGUGCUCUAUAAUGUCCAUGUAGCUGAGGAUGUGCUCGCGGCACACGCGACCCAAAUUCAACUUCUCCAAUUGUUCAACAAGGAGAUUUUGCAAAAACGAAAAGCGGAGAAUUGGUUCUUACCGAUAUUCUAUCAGAUUUGCACCGAUUUGCGGUUUUUGAGCAAAGAAGCGGAAAACAUUGCGUCGCGGGAUGAUGAGGGUGAAGCGACGACGACAUUCUUCGAGACGGCCGCCAAUGCGAUUAUGGAGUCAUAUAGAACGUGUGUGGUUGACGCACGAACGGAUCUUCAUCAAUCGAAGAAAGUUGCGAUGUUGAAUGUAACGAAUCAAUUGUUUCGCAUCUACUUCAAAAUCAAUAAGCUCAAUCUGCUCAAGCCGCUGAUUCGCGCCAUCGACAACUGCGGAGCAUUGAAAGACGAAUUCUCGAUGGCCGACAAGGUCACCUACAAUUAUUUCCUCGGCCGAAAAGCGAUGUUCGACGCGGACUUGACGCUCGCUGAGAAAUCGUUGACCUACGCGUUCAACAAUUGUCCGCCGGAGGCGUUCGCGAACAAACGCAAAGUGCUCAUCUAUUUGAUUCCGGUGAAAAUGUUCCUUGGACACAUGCCAACUGAGGCGCUUCUUAAAAAAUAUCAACUCGACGAGUUCAUGGAGGUUGUCAAUGCUGUGAAAAAUGGGCACGUCGGCGCCUUGGACAACGCUCUCAACAAUCAUGAGACAUUCUUCAUUCGCUGCGGAAUUUUUUUGAUGCUUGAAAAAUUGAGAAUGAUCACGUUCAGGACAUUGUUUAAGAAAACCGCUAAAAUCGUUGGUUCCCAUCAAAUUCCCCUUGAAGUAUUCCAAAUUGCGUUGAAAUUUGUGGAAGCCGAAGAAAUGGACACCGAUGAGCUUGAGUGCGUCAUUGCGAACCUUAUCGCCACGAGAAAAAUCAAAGGAUAUUUGGCGCAUAAUCAUAGCAAAUUGGUAAUUAGUAAGACAAAUGCUUUUCCAAAUUUAUCAACGUUGGCACUUUAA